GCUCCCUUCGCCCACCCUUUCCCUGCUCAUCUUUGCUUCUUCCAUCCUCGCGCGUCGAGCCUCAAGCUUCUUGUCUCUCCUUCAACGGCCGACGAUCGCUAGCAUUUUUAGAAACGCGCCACCUUACGUAUUUUGGGAGCGGCCACUGCGUACAUACACACAAGCUGCCUUCCCAAGUACCUACAUAUCUAUCUAUCGCCCACCGUCGCGGCUCCGCACCCUCCUCCUGGCCAGCCGUUGCGGGUGCCGAGCAACUGCUGCCCACCGGCGCUCGUUUGAUCGUCGCCCCGGGCCUGCAAUCGAAGACACUAAAGACUGUUGCGCGGCGACAAACGGACACGUCGAAAGCCGAGCCUGGGGGGCAGAACGCACGCAGCCCUGUGCACGGCUCUUCUGCAUAGGCCCCUUUCGCUAAGCUCACGCGAGGGUCACCGCUCACCAACAACACCAACGCGCUGUGCAGCCGGGGAGCCAAGGGCACGAGACGUCACAGAUCCGCCUAACCCUCGACGACCAUACGCGACCGAACCCCGGGGCCUUGCGACGGCGUCCGCAUCUUCCCGCCUUUCAUUGACUGUUCCUCCGCGCGAACGAGACUGGACAGGACGACGCGAGCCGAAACGAACCGAGCCGGCUUUCUCCUGUACGAAGCCGAGACGCCGUGCGCCAUUUCCACUUGGGGCAGGACCCGGGCAGAACGUCACACGAGCGCAGUGAAGGAGUCUGCUUACAAGGAUAGCUCGUUGCGCAACACAGGCACCGAGUCUAAGGGCGUAGCUUCAAUUCCACGUCGGCCGCGAGCUCAAGGGCGGGGGGCGCUCACACCGCAACGCCGCCGUACCGCCCGCUCGGCUACCAGUUGCGGCUCUCGUUGCUGCCAGAGAGCACCGUGAUUCCAGUGGCAAACCAGCCAGAAAAUGGUUUCGCGCUCAUCACCCAGGCCCACGGCCCCGACACGGCACCGACGUUCGCGCGAAACCGCACAGCGAUGGGUUCCACCACGGCUCCACAGGUCUCUGGCAGUCCUGACCAUGCUCGCGACAUUGAGUUGCGCGACGCUCGCCCAGCAAGAUGCCCAGGCGGUUCAGGUUACCGGUGCGCCAGCACUCCAUGGGUCUCGUUCAAUACUCACGGCAGCACCGCCGGUGACGACAAUGUCCGUCCCAGGCUGGGAGCAGUCCACGGAUGCUCCGCUCGAGUUGCGGCUAAGGAGAAGAAACAACAAGAGUGACGACGAUGUGACUACUACUACAACGGGUGGAAGUGCCGGCAAAUCCAAGGUCUCGACGAUUCUCACGAUAUCCGUUGAUAGAUCGGCAACAACGCCUUCACCGACGCCCGAGGCGUCGCAGUCCCCUCUACCAUCUCCGUUCGACAACAACAUCUCUUCCGAUUUCAAGUUGGACUCAUCCGAUAACCGCUGUCCCAACUUCAUGUCCAGUCUCCUCUCCGACCCUACCUUCAAGAGCUGUUAUCCCAUUUCCAUGCUGUUUCAGACAUCAAGAGGCUUCUUCGAUGCCGAAAAGAAGCUUCUGAGCAUCGUCCGCGUCCUCGACGCCUCCUGCAAAGCAGACGUCUCCACGUGCACCAAUUUUCUCAGCCAAGCCGCCCAAAAUCUUACUACCGAGGCCAAUUGCAAGGCCGAGAUAGAUCGGCGUCAGUCUCUGGUACUCGCAGCCUGGCGCGGCCUGAAGGCGUACGAGGUACUCUAUAAGGCAACCUGCCUGCAGGAUAAAUCCACGAGCAUGUACUGCUUCGCCAAUGCCGUAACCAAUCUCACCACCCCGUCCGACUCGUUUUUGUAUCUCGUGGCCUUCGGCCUCGCCCUUCCUGGGUCGUCGACACCGUCCUGCAACUGGUGCAACCAAGAGACCAUGGCCAUUUAUAGGGCUGCCUCGGCCGAUAGGCAACAGUUUGUUGCCGACAAAUACGAACCCGCCGCGAGGCAGGUCAACGCCGUCUGUGGACCCAACUUUGUGAACGGCACGUUGCCCGCGGCACAGUCGGGGGCUGGUGCGGUGUUGGUCUCGUCUUACACCUUUGCCCUAGCGGGCUUCUUUGCAUUGGGAGCUUUGCUGUAGUGGCACCCAGCAAAGGGCGACAAUCUUGUGCGUCCACCUUGUUACGCUCGAACUUCAUACUGCAAAAUCAGCGGCUACGGCUGGCACCGAUACCCGUGCACCCGUCACCAAAUUCCCUCGAAUAUCGCGCCGAGGCGGCAUUGAGUCUACAUGCCUUGGGUCCAUUCUGAUACAUAUUUCUCCCGCAUUCAACGAUAAUUUCUGCAUCACAUUGGAUCUUUGAGAGGGGGCCCAGGAUCCCCCCCCCCCUUCCGGAAGCGAACUGUACAUGAGAAGAGCAGCCCGCCGAGGCCAUCAGGCGGAUAUAUUCGCGCGAGGACCUUGAUCAUUUUAAACACCCUAAUUUCUGUGUUCAUGUCUCGGACAGAUGGAUAGAUUUCUUUUACUUUUCAUUCAUGUAAUACUUGAUUCAGCGCAGGGACGCCAGGACAGGACGGCCAAAACAGCCGGGAAAGGGGGGUCUCUGGGACGAGUCCGCAUGCGCAAGUCGAGCCAACAAGGAGGGUAGUGCGGUGGUUUGCCAUGACGCCGAGGCGCUGGCCUGGUGCGGGAGAGCCCUUGAGGUGUAAAGUACAGGUACAAACAAGCAGUCAAAAGCUACACCCGAGCACGGCCGUGCUCGAUGGCUCGACAGCCUGAACCGGAUCUCUCUGUGAAGACAUGUGUACGAGACAUGACCUGCUGAGACGCCAGGCCGCCUAAAACCCGUGCUCGCCUUUCAAGGCGCCCUGGGCCGCAAC